AAUAUCCAAGAAAAACAAUCAGGAGCUUACAAAUGCACUGGAAUGAACAACAUUACCGGCUGGUCGACUGAAAAAUCAGUGAUAAUUGAGCUGUAUCAUCGCUGUGAGUCAUUUAAUUUCUUAUUUCUCCUUAUAUACACGGAUGCACAAAACCACCUUAAUUAACAGUACCUCCUUUGAAUCGGGUUCAUAAAACGAUAAUGCCGUGUUUGCCCUGUAAGCAAUAGAAAGUAACCCAUUUUGAACAAGAGGUACAGCUCAUUUUCUUUUGAUUUAGGCGGAAUUAAAUACUGAGUGCUUCAUGUUUUAAAUAACAGAUUAACUUAUUCCCAGCUGAAUUUAAAAGAAUAUAACUGAAAAUUUCGUUCCACCUUCCUCUUCCAUUCAGACCAAUUGGACGCUGGAAUUUGUUUAUCCCUCGGGUCACAAGGGAUAAGUAAAUAAGUAAAUAAAUAAAUAACGAUUUAGUGGCGCUAGUUCAUCCACAAAGUGGUUCUUUGUCUGCCAUUCUGGCUCAAAUUUACCCUGCGUAGCUGGCGGGAUUAACGUGGGAGUGAUGUAUUGUUUUGGCGGCGAUGGCGGAAUAAGGGUAAGAAGCAACAAAACUCAACCAGGCCGACCACAUAUGAUGUUGCCUGAGGAAUCAAGCACAGGACAGUCAUUAAUGAGAGGGGAGUGUUCUUUCCUGAAAUCCAGUAGAACCUCUAUGUAACGAACUCCUCGGUAUAAUUAACAAUUCUUCUACCAGUGUGCGUUGGAUAUGAGAUGUUAGAGAGUCCGUAUUAACGGAGGGACCUUAUUAAGCGGUUAGAAAAUGUAAGGGCUUUCUGUCCCCAGGGACAAAGCAAACUGUUCGUAACAAUGAGAUGUCUGUAUUGAGCGGGUUUCCAUACCGGAGCGGGGUUUGACUGUACAAUAAAUAAAAGGAACGUCGAUAUAACAAUUUAAACCUCUUUAUAGUGAACAUAUUUUGCCAGUCCUUUGGGUCUUCGUUCAGCUGUUCGUUACAUCAAGAUUCCAAUGUAAAGUGUUAUGUGAUUCUUAAAGAGAGAAAACGAGACGCCGAAUAGCUAUUGAAAUCAACACUUAGUAGCACAGGCCAUAUUGGUGGGAGGUAAGAGAAGUAGGGUUUAUCCGAUCAACCGAUCGUUAGAGCGUCUUAAAAGACGGCGUGACGAGACAAGUCGCAAAAGAGGGAACCAGUGGGAUAAACAAAAUCAACACGUUAAAACUCCAAAGCGUUGUGAUGUCCCAUAUAUUGUCACAAAUACUCAGGAGGGGAGGGUAAGAUUAGGAAUGUUACCUCCUACGGUUGCACAAAAAAAUGGUAACGAUUUUCAAAUAAUAUUUGCUCAUCAUAUCUUCUUAUCAUCUAAUACAGGUUUCUUUCCUAAAGCUCCGAAGAUUUCUUCCCCCCAGGUUCCGGUGGAAGCCUACUUCAAUGUCACUUUAGAGUGCGAAGUAGGUGUUAGGCCAAGCGACUGUUGGGACAAUUCUUUACGGUGGUAUUUUAACAACAACUCAGGGGAAUUAGAAUCUGGUGAAAAGUAUGAUAUACAA